UUAUUAACUUGUCACGCAGCGGGCACACUGGCUAAAAAAGCUUAAAAAAAACACUUGGCAAAAUUGAGAUAAUAAACAAAAUCAAAAAUAGUUGAAUUUGUAAAAGAUGGAAUACGAAAGUGUGCUAAUCGUGAAGCCCGAGGUGUUUAUCUACAAAAUACCGCCCCGUGCGAGCAAUCGAGGCUAUAGGGCGGCAGACUGGAACUUGAAGGAGCCCACCUGGACGGGCAGGAUGCGACUGGUGGCCAAGGGCACCGCAGUUAUUCUUAAGCUGGAGGACAAAACCAGUGGCGCCUUAUUCGCCAACUGCCCCAUCGACACAUAUCCCGGAGUGGCCAUCGAAGCGGUAUCCGACAGCUCCCGGUACUUUGUCAUCCGGGUGCAGGACGACAAUGGACGAUCGGCAUUCCUUGGUCUAGGAUUCGGCGAUCGAUCGGACUCGUUCGAUUUAAACGUUGCGCUGCAGGAUCACUUCAAGUGGGUAAAGAACCAGGAGCAGAUCGAAAAGGAGAAGUCAGAGCCCAAACAGGAGCUGGAUCUCGGAUUCAAGGAGGGCGAGACCAUCAAGAUCAACAUGAGGAUAACGAAAAAGGAUGGCUCCGAGGGACCUUCGCGCACUGGCAAGAACAAGGGCACGGGCGUCCUUCCACCGCCGCCUGGUGGCCUUGGAAAGAUCGCUCCACCACCGGCAGCCGCCGCAGCCACGACGGUACGGCAAAGUCCCGGCGUUUCGCCCGCCCACAGACCCGCUGCGGGAGGAUCGGAAUGGACUGACUACGCAUCCGCUGGUGGCAACCAAGGACAACAGAACUCAGCCAACGCCAACUGGGUGCAGUUCUAGAUAGACAUCCUCCGGUUCCUGCUGCUGCGCUUCUACCCCCAAAACUUUAUGUUUUAAGACUCUUCAGAUAUUUUUUUAUUUUCCAUUUGCAAGAAAACUAUUAUUUAAAUUAAGUUUGUUUUGAAUACGACCAAAAGAUUGAACAGAACAUUCAGCGAAGGCGUCACGCGUUAAAGUUAAAGUUUUUUAAUUAAAUUGAAAUUGUGUAUUAGUUUCUUCGCCCACCACUCGCUCUAUUUGUCUCUCUCCCUCUGUCUUUGCUUCUCGCUCUAACUGAAGGAGAAAUGUAAUAGCGGAACGAGUUCUCAGUGGGCGGGGAUUUGUAGCAAACUAUUUAGCCUGGUUGUUAAUUGUAUAAAUGAUGAUAACGAUAAUUUUUCAAUGAAAAUUAUCCUAAAAUGUAAUUUGUUAACUUCGAGAUAAUGCAACUAAAAAUGCAAAUUAUGUUUAAAUCAAGUUAAACACUGCAAAAACUGUACUAAAGUGAAAUAUUCAAAUUUGAGUACUUACAUACGAACAUAAAUACACACGUGAAAGGACAUUCCGCAGAUGAAAGAUAGGACGCAUAACAUACCAAUUUAAUUUAUUGUUAAAUCUACUAAAAUUAUCCCUGAUCAUCAUGUUUUACACCACCUUGUAUGGAAUACCACAAGUUAUACAGUUCUAUCGCCCUGUUCCCGCUUCGGCUUUGAUCAGAUUAUGUAAAACGAAAAAAGCUUGCUCUACAUAUUCGGUUAGAGAAAACAUUUAAAGGAGCCGCAAUCGGAAAGAAGGAGAUAUAUAUAUAUUUUUUUUUGUUUAACACAUGCAUAGCAAUUAAGUAAAUCAAAUGAAUUAUAUAUAAUAUACAAUAUGAAGAAAUAUCCAUAUGUAUUUAAUAAACCACAUACUUGUAGAGAAGGAAAUCGUACUAACUCUGAAUUGUUGUUUGAGCCCCAAGAAAUUGAUUCCCCACCCUAAAUGAAUAUCCUAGACUAAACUUUGUGUCCCAGCUCUUUGUUUCUGUUGCUGUUGAAAGAUUAGCAAAUGUCAAAAAAUCUAAAAAAAAAAAUAGUUCUAUUUGUUCCAUAAGGUUUAUAACUAGAGCUGCAUCUGGCACAGACAUUCAUGGUUUUAUCUACUGUAUAUCUAUGUGAAAAUUCCUGAACACUUCUGGUGGAGACAGCGGGUUUUAAAAUUAUUUUUCAGAAUUUUUAAUUGAUUGUCGGGCAAAUUUUUAUUUUUUUUUUUUUACGGGAAACAUUUAGAAAAUUGUAUUGUUCGAUUUCUGAUUAUUAAGAACAAUAAAGUCUUGUAUAUCUUAAAUACAUAAAA